GGGGAACCGAGCCGGAAGCGAGCGGACGCACUUCCGGAGACGGCCCGGAAGCCGCCGCUCGAGACAGACAUGAAAUCCGCCAAACAACCCUGCAGAAUUGAUGGACAGGAGGAGAGGGUAAAAACUAGCCCCGGUGCCACUGUCAAAGAUUUCAGUGACCCACUGUUCAAAGAAAUUGCUGUUACAAAUGGUCAUAUCAACAGGAUGACUCGCGAGGAGCUCCGAGCAAAGCUGGCAGAUUUCUAUCUGGAAACUAGAGGAGUCAAUGAUGUGCUGAGGAAACGGCUGAAGAAUUACUACAAGAAACAGAAGAUGACUCAGAGUCUGCGGACAGACCUCGACCAGUCGGACACGUACUACGAUUACCUCUGCGUCAUUGACUUUGAAGCAACGUGUGAAGAGAAUAACCCGCCCGAAUACCUGCAUGAGAUCAUUGAAUUCCCUAUUGCCCUCGUGAAUACUCGCACCCUGGAGAUUGAGGAUACGUUCCAGGAAUAUGUCAAGCCUGAAUUAAAACCUGAGCUUACUGAGUUCUGCACCAAGCUCACAGGCAUCACACAGGAAAUGGUUGAUAAGGCAGGGAGCUUCCCAGAUGUGUUUCAACGAGUCGUUGACUGGAUGAGAGAGAAGGAACUGGGAACCACGCAUAAAUAUGCAGUGCUGACUGACGGGUCCUGGGACAUGAGCAAAUUCCUCAAUGUUCAGUGUCGUCUGAGCUCCAUCCAAUAUCCACGAUUUGCAAAGAAAUGGAUCAACAUCCGAAAGAGCUAUGGCAACUUCUAUAAGGUUUCCAGAAUGCAGACAAAACUAACUUCUAUGCUUGAAAAGCUCGGAAUGAAAUACGAAGGCCGACCUCAUUCGGGGCUGGAUGAUUCGCGAAAUAUCGCUCGAAUUGCCAUCCGGAUGCUCCAGGAUGGCUGUGAACUGCGAGUGAACGAAACACUGCAUGCAGGGCAACUCAUGAGCGUGCCAGGCACUGCUCCUUUGGAAACUGCGCCCCCUCCCCGCUCACCAUGGCACAAAAAAUAGUCGCGGCUCGAUCCUUGGGCACUUCUGAGCCCAGGUCACUUUUUACAUGUUAUAAAGGACUCUACGUUGCUUUGGAGACCCGGCAGCAUUCUGUUUUGUUGUGGUAUUUUAUAGAUUCUUAGUCAUAGGAUUACAGUAGUGUGUUUCACUUUUCAAUUUCCAUACCAGUGCGCUACUAUUAGUUCUUCGUGAUACAAAUACUGGUCAGAGGAUGAAACGGUAAGACAAUUGACAUCGGUCCUCUGUAGAAACUCAAUAGCAAUAGUUAGAAAAUUUGACUUGAAAGAAAAAUAAACCUGAAAAUUACUAUUCCGUAACGUUAACGCAGGAAAAGGACGCGUCUUUAUGGGUUCACAACCCCUGAACCCUCAGGCACUGCGGUUACGAGGUGUAAAAUUUGUGUCAGGCCUUUUUCGAUAGAGUUCCAGGAGCUGAUACACAAAGCAUAAAGUCUGAAGUGUCUAUCGUGUCAUGUGGGAGUUCUUCAGUUCUGAAUGCAUGAUCGAACUUCAGCACGUUAAAGAGUUUGACGAACUGUGGCAAGUUGUCAGAAUGCUAUUCAUGUGAAUCCACUGUGUGCAUUGUCUUUACUUUCUGUGGGUCUGUAUGAAUUCAUGCUGCGCGCGGAGAGCUUCAGUGUGACAAAUAUUUGGCACGCAGCAUGUAAUCAGAACAGCUUACUCUACUAGCCUCGCAGCCACUUAACUAUUUUGACGUUACUUUGUUUAUGUGGUCCAAGCCUUCUCUCCUUUUCUAACCUGGAAAGACAGUGAAGCCGGUAUUAUUGAACACGCUUUCAGCAUAAUUGCAUGUUGCAAUUUUAUUAAGCAAACUUAAUUACGGAAUAAAAAUGCUAACACUUUUCAUGUGUGCUUCAGGACAUUACAUGAUGACGUAUUGAUGCUCAUUUUUUGGUUAUUCAUACGGUUAACAUUUGUCCUCCCCUAAAAGCCAUAAUCUUAAUAUUUUUCUAAGCUUCCUUCAGUUUCCACAUACCGUCGGAUGACCAAGCGACCAAGCAAGCCUCUUAUGUCAAGGUCACGCUGUCCUGCCCCAACAGAUGCACAAAAGCAAUGGAAGCUGAUGCUCCCCGUGACACACAGGAACAGGAGUAGGCCAUUCAGCCCCUCGAGCCUGUUCCGCCAUUCUAUGAGAUCAUGGCUGAUCUGUACCUCAAGUCCGAUUACCUGCCCUUGCCCCGUAUCCCUUAAGACCUCACAAAUAGCGAUCCACCUCAGUGAGACCACAGAGGUAAUUGAGCAGUUGUAUGAACAUGUCGAAUUAACCAGAAAAGGUUUCGGUGGCGAGUUAUAACGAGUGGCGAAUUAGCCGCACGUAUAAAUACACCAAUAAAUGGGGCCGGGAUAUUGACAGCCUGAUGACUUAAGUGGUAGUGACAAGUUAAGCCAGGGUUGCGUUAUCAGGAGUGUAUUGUAUUCGUACUGGUGACUUUGUUCUCUUUGUGAGCAUUUGAGCAGAAAGGAAAAUGUUCAAGCAAAUUAUUCUCAGUGCCUCUUGUUUGGUUUUGCUAAUUAAAAUCUGAUUUUUAAAUUCAAA